GCUGACGAUUCAAGCGGAUGCUAGUCAAAAAGGAAAGGAGAAAAAAACGAAUAUACUGGUACUAAUAUUAGAAAAGGUGCUAUAAAGAUGACUCUUAGGCGUAAGCGGAAACUCUCGUAGAUGGACCUGGUCAGGAUAUUUUUCUCCUCGUGACUCGCUUGAGCUUGGAUCAGCAUGUUGACACUUUUUCUUCGUUUCAGACUACAAAGAACUUUCCUCCUAUUUGACAUCCCCUUUAUUUAUUUGAGCAAACGAAAAUCGCCUCCAAUCUUAAUUCCACUGCAGGUCUACGUUUUGUGCUGGGAGUCGCAUCCUUCAAACAAGGGCUACAAGACCUUCGUCCACGCUCUUCCACUUCAACGGCCGUCCAAGGGUAUUCAAGGCGGCGCGAGGUUUGACGCCGCUUGCACGAAAGCGAUGGAAACCCUCAUGCGAAUCCGGUUUGUGUGCGGUGAGAAGUGGCUGAUAAGCAAGUGGAUUGAAGUGGUUUCCUACAACUGGCGCUCCUUGAUCGUGUUGGAUCAUGAUCAAGAAGGGUCAGAAUGUCGCUCGGCGGCAGCUCUGGCUCGUAUGAUCCUCGUUGUGCC